CUACUGAUAGCUCAUCUCAAUUGAUUGGCCUCUUACAAUUGUGGUGAGUGAUGGAGAAUUAUAAGAAAUCCAAGAUUGUGGAGAAGCCCUCUCCCCUUCCAUUCACCAACCUGCCUUCAGAUAUUAUCGAGAUGAAAGUGAAGGAUGGCAGCAAAAUCAGAAAUCUUAUGGGUUAUGCCAUCGGCAAGAUGGAGUCCGACUCAGUUAGGCAGAUUCUUUUCACUGGCUCUGGCAAAGCCAUCAGCAAGACUAUCACUUGUGUGGAAAUCAUGAAGCGACGGCUCAAGGGACUCCACCAAAUCACCAAAGUGCUCUUCAAACAGACCGAAGAGAUCUGGGAGCCCAUUGUCCCUGAGGCUGGUCUAGAUGCCUUGACAGUGAAGAGAAAUAUUCCUGCCAUAUGUGUCUUGCUGAGCAAAGAGGCGCUAGAUUCCCAGGAGCCUGGGUAUCAGGCCCCAGGCUCUUUUGAUGCCUUCUGGAUCGAGACACUUAAAGCAGAGUCCCAGGGACAAAUUAAGAGAAAGCAGGGUGGAGGAAGGGGGGCUGGCCACACAGGAAAGCAUCCUAGAUCCGUUGGAGGACGUGGAGAAUCCUACAAAAAGCCUUGAGAAAAAGAUAAAUCAGAAGCAAUGGUUAAUGGCGUCAAGAACAAAAAACCAAGCCACCUAAUGUGGUUCAAGUGCUACCACCAAACACAGAGUGACUGAGCUCCUUGGUAGAGAAGAGCUGAAACCUAGCACAAUUGGGAGAGGGACGAGGGGCACGUGAAAACAGAUAUGGUCAUAGCCAUGGCAAAUAAAUUCUCAUAACGAGUCUGGCA